AAGACUACAGGGAAAAUAAGAGGGGGGAAUAAGAUGGGAAAGGGGCACAAAGGGAAGUAAAAUAAGGGUGGGAAAUAGGGGGACUGAUUAUAAACAAACAUUGGUAUAGAAGGAAAUAGUGAAAGAAGUAAAGUUAGGACCAGGAGUAGAACUCAAAAUGCUGAGAAAUAUACACCUAGCAAUCAUAACUCUGAAUGUGAAUGGAAUGAACUCACUCAUAAAACACAAGCGAAUAGCAGAGUAGAUUAGAAUCCAAAACCCUAUCAUAUGCUGUUUACAAGAAACACACAUGAGGAAGAUAGAUACACACAGGGUGAAAGUAAGAGGAUGGAGUCAAAUCUAUUGGGCAUCAACUGAUAAAAAGAAGGCAGGAGGUGCAAUCAUGAUAUCUGACAAAGCCUAAGUAAAAAUAAAUCUAGUUAAAAGAGAUAGGGAAGGCAAUUACAUCGUGAUAAAAGGCAGUAUAAACAAUGAGGGAAUAUCUGUACUCAACAUCUAUGCACCAAAUGGCAUAGCAUCCAAAUUUCUAAAAGAAAAACUAGGGGAGCUCAAGGAUGAAAUAGAUAGAAAAAGUAUACUAGUGGGAGACCUGAAUCUUCCUCUAUCUGAACUAGAUAAAUCAAAUAAAAAAAUAAAUAAGAAAGAGGUAAGAGAAGUGAAUGGAAGCUUAGAAAAAUUAGAGUUAGUAGACAUGUGGAGAAAAAUAAAUAGGGACAAAAAGGAAAAUAUUUUCUUUUCAGCAGGACAUGGUACAUUCACAAAAAUUGACCAUGUAUUAGGUCAUAAAAACAUUGCAAAUGAGUGCAAAAGGGCAGAAAUAAUAAAUGCAAACAUUUCAGAUCAAAAUGCAAUUAAAAUAAUAUUUACUACGGGUAUAUGGAGAGGUAAACCAAAAAUUAAUUGGAAAUUAAGCAAUAUGAUUCUCUAAAUUAUUCUGAUUAUUCUGAUAAUGUUCUUAACUCUCUUUUAAUGUUUCUUAUGAAAGCUUCAAUCUCUCCCUGACUUUCCUCUAUAAGCUCAAGCCGAGGAUUUAGUUCUGCAUUUUGUUGAGUAGUAGAAGGAACAUUCGGUUGGUUUGACUGAGAAGUGGGUUUUUUUUAAGGAAACACACUAUUACGGCUUUAACAAUCAAAAUCCCAAGGGGGAGUACUGUGUCGAUUAUAUUUUGCCAUAAGUCCCAUGGUAUGAGAAAUUUCAGAGAGACAAAGAAUGCAAAUUUUACAAGCUUGGUCAUGGAGGUGAAUAGCCAGUUGUUAAGUAUGUUGUGAACUGGCUGUAACCACAUAUUUCUAAAGUAAACACGUGGGAAGCAGGACAAGGCCAAAAGCUACCCCAGGUUUUUCUAGUCCUAAUUUAGGCAGUUGCUAGCCAGAACCUUAGGGCCCUGUUGCUAAGAUCUACAACAGCUUAACUGAAAGAGAAUCAAAAAGAUUUUGUACUCACCCGUUCUUGCAGCUGUAUUUUUGAAGCCAAGUUAAAAAAGAAAACAAAACUGACUGAUAGGGCAAGUAAUAAAGCAAAGAGAGAAAGGAAAAAGAUUUCACAGAAACUUUUUGAGGGUUUUCUCACCAACCUCGUGGUCAGCCAUAAACUGUAAUGAUUAAAAUAGUGGAAGACAUAAAUUGUUGUAGAGAGAAGAGUGGAUGAGUAAAUUGUGACCGCAGAAAAUACGGUUUCAAGACAGUGUCUUGUUUUAAAAUCAAAUAUAUAAGGUGGUCGCCAGGGAAAUAUUCCCAAUUAUGAAAUAUACCCAAGUCAACUGGGUUUUAUAGAGAUUUUAAUUCAAACAAUGAGGAAUUAAGGAAAGAGAGAAAGAGAGAAAAAGGAAAUAAUGAGAAAAGGAUGGGCCAGCUGUAAAAAAAUUGACUCGAAUACAGGACUACAAUCCCCACGAGCCUUUGCUCCACUUGCCCAGAAUGCCUUGUAAUCUCACCUGGCCAGAGAUCCAGGAGGUAUUUAAGCUGAUUCAAAGGCUUUUCAGGGCUCGCUCUUGGGACUUGGACUUCCUUUUGGGGCAGAUGUGGCUUUUUUUCAUAAUGUAGCUGAGGUUGUGUCUAGGCCACUCUAUGGCCUGGACACGUGUCUCUUAAUCUGUAUUUUCUUAAUCUUCAAUAAACCUCUAAACAAUAUAAUACUCCUUGCAGAGAGAAAUUUCUACCUGCCUCAGUCUCCCCGUCUCCCCUAAAUUUUAAUCUUUACACGGCCCAGGGCAGCCCUGGCCAACCCAGGCCUUAAGCCCUAAGAGAAAGAUCAGUCAGUCCUUAAUCACUCACCACAAGAUUUGUUCAAGCAAGGAAUCUAGUGACACCAGGCCAGCUUCAUCUCAGCUGACUUCACCAGCUCAAUCCUGAAUCUGAAUGUCUCUGAAUGUCUCUGAGCUCCUUUUUCAAGGGAAUUUUGUCCUCUGUCACCUCCCCUAAGUUCUUCCACCUACCAAUCACAGUAGACGUUUUUCAAAGGACAGACCAUUCUUAGUUCACACCUAAGAAGGCUUAAAUUUUUUACUAAGUUCACACCCGAAAACUUCUGAGUAAGUUUCUCACCUCUUUGCUCCUUGUAAGUUCACAAGUUGCCUGACCCUUAUAGGUACUUAGCACCCUUUUGUAUUAGAUCCAAAAAUAGGCAUAGCUAGAGAACUUUUUGUCUUACUCUAAGUAUGGGUUUAAGUGCUUUUAAUUGUUCAGCAAAGAGUUUACAACUUUAUCUCCCCCUAAGGCCUGCUUAAGGAUGGUGAAGUAGAGUUCUCACAUUCCUGAUCAAGUACCUUCACUGCCCAAAUGGGGAAUGGUCUUAACCCAACCUCAUGAAGUAGGGUCUGGGAAUGUUUAAGGUUCACACCCCUCUAGGGUAAGCCGAGGGUUCCGGGGCUCCAGAUCCACUCUAACCCUCUCACAGUUCAGGACCACUCAGGGAGAGUCAGGCCCAGAGCAUGGAGAUCAUGCUGGGCCAAAGGCACCUCAGGGAGAGCAACAGCCUGUGGCCCGGCUCUCCAGAGUCCCUUUAUAGGGGGCCCUGGUGGCUCCUGGAGGUUCCUCUGAAAAGGCGAAGGGGGCCUGGGGAGGCUGCAACAGCCUCAAGCUACAGCCCUGCUCAAAGACUUCAGAGCUUUCCCCAGAGCCCCUGCCUAGAAUGGGGGCUGCCUGUCCUUCCCUCUCCAGAGCUAGCUGAGCAGCGGGCCUCCAGCUUUGGCUCUGAGCUCUGUGGCAAAGGCCCCGGGGCGCCUCCUGAGACAGGCCCAAACUUUCGGGUGGCCCCCCCACACCCCCUUUGUGGCCAGGGGCUGGAGAGGGCCUUCCUCCGGGGUGCUGCCCCCUUCUUCCUUGUCCUGCCUUGCAUGGGACCCGGGGAAUGCUGCCAGCUGGCCCCCCCUGACCCUCCUGACCCAUGCAUGAGGUCACAACGGGGGCCUCCUGGCUGUGUUACGCCUGGGAGGCUGCCCCUUCUUAGCUCAGCUGUCCCAGAGAGCCAUAGCCAGUCUGCCCUCCCCACAGAGAGUAUCCUGGCCCUCCUCCAGCAGCCCCCUCCACCCCCACCCCAGAGCCCUGAUCUUCAGGCGCACCGACACUCCCUGAGCCCAAUGAAACCCCGGAAACCCUCACCAGGUGGGGCCCCAGCCUGGGGGGCUGCAGGGCUGCAGGGGAGCCCCCGGGGGCCGGCCAGCCCCCAGCUCCGGCCUGCUUCCUCCCUGCUCGCAGUUGUCCAGCCCGGAGAGCUCCACCUGCCGGAAGAGGAAGUGGAAGCGGAACUGUCGUUCCCGCUGUGCUUCCCCAAGCCUGGCCCUCUACAGAGAGCCAUGGCGGAGGGCAACUACCCGCCCCUACCCGCCCCUCGGGCCCCUCACGGCCAUGUUCGAGAGCGACUUUGUGCAGGACGAGAGCGCCCCGAUGUCCGCAGCGGAGGCCCCCCCCAAACGGAAGGAGGUGGCCUUCCCUCCCCAGUACCCAUCCCAAGGACCAAGGGGAGCCCGGCCUGGACCGGGGACAAAGCACUGCACUACCCGGGGCCGCUCUCCCAAGUGAUUGACCAGCAGAGCGCCCCGGCCCUCCCGGAAGUGAAGUCGGAAGUGAUGUCGAGAGCGGAAGCCGCCCACAUGCCCUUUGGUCCCAGCAGAAGCUCCCAGUCAGGAGAGAAGAGGAGCGGAAGGCAGCCGAGCGUCACCAUCCGGACCCUGUUCUCCACAAUUUCCGGGUCUCACCUGUCUAAGGUACUAGGGAGGCUGGGACUGACUGUCAGGCCAGCUGGGCCCGGCCCAGAGGCCCGGCGUGACUCCUCCCCCCUGCCCUUGCCAGGCUGCCGCACCAGCGGAGACGUCCUCUUCAGGGCCCUCCAGGCCACCCUCCCAAGAGCACCCCCAGGAGCGGGGCACUGCCAACAAGCUGCCGCUUCCCCAAGAGCAGCCGCAGCCCCAAGAACUCCCCCAAGACCAGCCGCAGCCCCAGGAGCUCCCCCAAGAGCAGCCGCAGCCCCAAGAGCUCCCCCAAGACCAGCCGCAGCCCCAAGAGCUCCCCCAAGACCAGCCGCAGCCCCAAGAGCUCCCCCAAGACCAGCCGCAGCCCCAAGAGCUCUCCCAAGACCAGCUGCAGCCCCAGGAGCUCCCCCAAGACCAGCUGCAGCCCUAAGAGCUCCCCCAAGACCAGCCGCAGCCCCAACAGCUCCCCCAAGACCAGCUGCAGCCCCAAGAGGGCCCCCAAGAGAGGCGCCAUUCCAAGGGCCACCGCCAUUCAAAAAAGUGGCAGCUUCCCCAAGAGCAGCCAAAGCCCCAAAAGCUCCCCCAAAAGCAGCCACACUCCCGAAGGCGGUGCGAAUGCAAAAAGGCACAGCAGCCACAGCCCCAAGAGCAGCACCCAGCUAAGGAGUGUGACUCCUCAGGGGAGCCCAGAACCCUGGCAGCAUAUGUAUUAAAAAAGUUAGAGGCCUGGGAUGCCAGGCAUCACAGGUGGGUCCUCUGCCAGCCUGGGGAAGCAGCUUCGGCCUGGUCCUGGGUCGCCACAGAGCAGCCCAAGGACAAACCGAGGGACCGGCCGGAGCCCACCCAGGCCUCACAGCCCUCCGCCAGUUUCAAGGCUCUGCGGAAGGCUAUCCAGAAGCCACCGAGCUGGCUCACCAGAGCAUGGCAACAGUGUAAGAAGGUGGUCUGCACCUGUACCAGGGGCUCCAACUAAUCCCCUGCCCAAACCACCUAGCCCACUGCAUUAGAUUUUUUUUUAAUUUUUUUAAAAUAUAUUUUAUUUGAUCAUUUCCAAG